AUGGCUGAAGUCGAGAUCCCAAAGACCCACAAAGCUUGCGUGUAUGAUAAGCCAGGUUCCAUCUCAGCUGUAGUGCAGGAUGUCGAGACGCCAACGCCAGGCGCGGGAGAGGUGCUCAUCAAACUAACACAUUCCGGCGUCUGCCAUUCCGAUUUGGGUGUCAUGACGAACACUUGGGUGUCAUUGCCGUACCCUACGCAGCCUGGACAGAUUGGGGGCCACGAGGGCGUUGGUACAGUGGUCGCGAUGGGACCCGGAACAGAACUCUCCGCGAUCAAGGUCGGCCAGCGGGUAGGCAUCAAAUGGAUCAGUGCGACCUGUGGGUCAUGCUUUCCUUGUCUUGAGGGCCAUGAUGGUGUUUGCUUCAACCAGAAAGUCAGUGGAUACUACACCCCUGGAACCUUUCAGCAGUAUGCAAUUGGACCUGCGAACUAUGUCACUCCUAUUCCAGACGGUCUUGAUUCUGCUGAUGCAGCCCCUAUGCUUUGUGCGGGAGUAACAAGCUACUCAGCACUCCGCAAGAGCGGUGCUUUGAGCGGACAGUUUGUGGUACUCCUUGGUGCAGGUGGUGGUCUCGGCCAUCUUGCAGCUCAACUCUCCUCUAAAGGCAUGGCGCACAGAGUCAUCGGCGUAGACUCCAAGUCCAAGAAAGAUCUCGUCCUCAGCUCCGGGGCAGAGCACUUCAUAGCUCUCGAAGAUACUCCAGAUAUCCCCGAAGCCGUCAAGAAACUUACAGGUGGUCUUGGAGCCCAUGCUGUUCUCGUUCUCACUGCUGCCAAUCCGGCUUAUGCUUCUGCCGUUGAUAUGCUCCGUUUCGGUGGUCGCUUGGUGUGUGUCGGUAUUCCUGAGGGUGAACCAGUACCUAUCAAGGGCGCUCUGCCUCAGAUUCUGGUUGCAAAGGCACUGAGCAUUGUUGGUGUUGCAGUUGGAGAUCGCAAGGAGGCCAUUGAGUGUUUGGACCUUGCCGCCCGAGGCAUUGUGAAGGUACACUAUAGGACUGAGAAGAUGGACAAGUUGACUGAAGUCUUCGAGCAGAUGCACAAGGGCGAACUUCAAGGUCGUGUCGUGCUCGAUCUCUCGUAA